AAGAUGGCCGCUGAUGCAUGACGAGUAAACAUGAAGGGUGUCUGUUUUUUGAAGCUAGAUUCUCGUAAAUUUCUCGUUUUUAGCAGAUGUAUACCCAAUUCAUCAUUCCGCAGGAGCUUGAAAUACCUCUCCUCGCUUCCUCAUUUUGUAUGUUCGGAGGAUCUUGGUUUUUAUCGAGCGAGAUUAUACAAACCAACAAGACCACGUAAUUAUUUUAGCCUGAAGACUACUGGACAAUCCAAGAAACAAGAAGGAGUACAGGCUACCGAGUUAUUAGAUUCCACCACUCAUCAGCAUCACACUACCACCAUAUUACAAAGAUUACAAGAUCUAGAAGAGUCGUUUCGUGUUCGGGGACAUUCUAUCUUGAGAUGGGGCUUAAGUGCACUUGUCAUUUCGGGAUUUUUUAUUUACAUUUUCCGUGAACCACUUAGGGAAAAUGUGGCAGACGAAGUAGCAGAUGUUGCUAGCAGAUCUCUAGGUAAGGCAAAUUUGAAGAAAACUGACUUUGCAAGACUUACAGGAGGGGUCCAAAAUUACCCUCUCCUCCCCUCCCAUAUUGUGAUGACUUGUCAUGAAAUGCCACGGACUUUUAGUCGCCUUUUAACCGACUAGACCAUUUGCUUUCAUUAAAACCUGUUAGCCGACAAACGGCCGGCAGUGGGCUGACGAAUGGAACGAGAGUGGGCCUUUAGGUUUUUUCGUGUUUUGGUUUGUUUUGUUUUAAUUGUUUGUUUGUUUGUUUGUUUGUUUGUCUUUUUGGGGGGAGGGGGUGGUAGGGUAUAUUAGGGUAGGGUGGAUUAAUUUGGGAUUGUAUUUCUCCCUUACUCUGGAUCUUACGGCUCAUUCAUGUACUGUCUGAUGAUACGUUUCCUUAUUUAGCUGACGAGAAUGUUAUACAUAAGGCUAACGAAGUCACGAGAGCCGUCCUCCGAGAUAUUCUUCACGAUCCGGAAAUCACUAAACUGGCUGGUGCUUUCGUGAUGCAUGUCCUCCACAGAGAAGACGUAAAGUCUGCCGCUAUUCAGUUAACCCAACACGUCCUCAACGAUCCUUCGACCCUGCAGAAGAUCAAUGAACUUGCCAAGAGUACGCUUUUGAAUCUGAUGGUGCACGAAGAAACCAGAGCUUUAAUGUUGAGCUAUAUUAAGGCGCUGAUUCUGGAUAAAAGCACUAAAGAUGCGUGUAAAGUCCUGUUGGCGGAGCUCGUGAAGGAUCCGGAUGUGAAAGGAUUUAUGGCAGCGUCACUUGGUGAUCUGGUGACGUCGUCUGUUGUUAAAAGCAGUGCUGCGGAACUUGGCAAAAGCGUCACGCAUGAAGUUGUCAAUGACGCAAGAAUUCAGCAAGAGACUGGGAACUUUCUGUGGAGAGCCUUUAAGAACACUUUCACCUCCGGAUGGUUUGGCUAAGAGAUAGAGGAUGAUAUGGCAAAAAGUGAUGAAAGAAAAAGUGUUUCAUCGAAAAUUAUUUCUAAAUUUCGUGUACUUAACAGUUUGACUGGCAAACCUUAUUUAGGCCAUUAAACGACAAGGCAGUCUGCUUUUUCCCAGGAAAUAAUUACAAAAAGAUUUCAAAAGAGAAGUGCUUUUAUUGAAAAGUUAUUCGAUUUACUUGUACUUUACAGUUUGACUGGCGGUUUAAACUUUAUUUUAGGAAAUUUAGGCCACAAACAGUCUUUUUCUUAGGUUCAUUGGGUGAGAAACAUUUUUAAAAAAAAUAUAUGAAAAUGCAUGUGGUCACCGAAUUAUUUAAGAAAAAAAAACGUGUCCAUUCGCAUUUCUUAUCUCAUCGCCAUCGCCAUGUUGUUGCAGGUAUAUCGUCACGAUAUAUCUUGUAUUUUUACGCAGAAAAAAUGCCGGAGAAAGAAAACUUUAUUUUAAAUACAUUAUCAUAUGUAAGUGACUUGAAAAUUACAUCGACAGAUGGGUGUCCAGAAAAAGAAGGCAAAGGAAUAUUAGAAAUAUUAAGUUUAUCCGAGGAAACCUAUAUGCUUUACUGUUGAAGGAUCACC